UCUUCUGUCUCUACAGAACGACCCCAGGCUGUGCUGACCCAGGAGCCUGCAUGGACACAGCUAUACGAAUCAGAGAGUGUUACACUGAGAUGUCAGGUUCAGGGGCAUUACACUGGCUGGAGAUUCACAUGGUACAAAGAUGGGAGGAAAGUUCCAGUAUACCAGGAUUAUUACAGCAGAAUAGAUGGUGAUAGAUACACAAUUAGCUCUGCUACUAGAGACCACAGUGGGGAAUAUACCUGUAAAGGUGAAAGGAGCGGUAACCCAUCGUACUCUAAACCAAGCAAUGCUCUCACACUGACAGUAUCAGAGCUGUUCUCCAGGGUGACUCUGUCAGCCUCUCCGAGAGCCACAGUGAAGGAGGGAGAGGCUCUUAACCUGACCUGUGAGGCAACAAUGAACAAACCCCCCCGCUCUCAACUCCACUACACUAUUCUGAGAGACGGGGAGCCUGUGAUUAACAGCACUGGCCCUGCACUGUACAGCAUAGCCAGCACUGAGGAGAGCCAUGCUGGGAGAUACACGUGUGCUGUGGAGUCACAGGGAGUGAGGAAGAGCAGCCAGGCGUUACAAAUUGAAGUGCAAAUGUCCUGGCAGAGCGCUGUUGCUAUUGGCUACAGAGUGAGCUUCACUCUGUAUCAUUUCAUUUUGUUCACUCUGCUGCUCCUUCAUUACUGCAGGAUCCAAGGUUUCCUGCGUAUCGCUGGUGGUAGGUCAAGGAUAACCUGGGAUCAGGAUCAGGAGCAGUCAGCAGAGGGGAUUGAGCUCUCCAGCCGUGUGCAGCACACUGGAGUGGAACUGGAAUAGUAUAGCACUGUCCUGCUAAAGACCAGUCUGACUGGAAUAGUAUAGCACUGUCCUGCUGAAGACCAG